CAAUUGGUGUUGGUCAUCUCCGUCAUAAAUAACCCAUCGUCUCCUCCUCCUCCUCCCCCUCCCGUUUCUUGGAGACAACAGAUCCCGACAACACCUGUUGCGAAACGGGAGAGAUCUAUUCUAUCUUCAAUUCUUUUUUAUACCCACUUAGGGUUCUCUUCUGUUGUAUCAUAUCUAUACUACUAGUAAAUAUACUUACUUACAUACACUUGUUACAAGAUUCAAACCAAAAUGGCAAGAACCAGAUCCUCAUCCUCGAUCCGAUGGAGAUACCUCAAUCCAGCUUAUUACUUGAAGCGCCCAAAACGUCUUGCUUUACUUUUUAUGGCCUUCGUCUUUGUCUCUUUCUUUGUCUGGGAUCGUCAAACUCUCGUCCGGGAACAUGAGGAAGAGCUCUCAAAGUUGAAAGAAGAAAUGGAUCGUUUGCAAAAUGAGCUAGGAGAGUUAAGGCAUGAAGGUGGUGUUCCAGUUAAAAAGAUGAAUACUACAACCAAAAGAACUGAUGUAACUAAGAUGGAUGGUCUUGCCACUGAUCCCAUUGAGGAUCAGCGAAGAGAAAAAGUAAAAGAUGCUAUGAUUCAUGCAUGGACCUCAUAUGAAAAAUAUGCUUGGGGCCAUGACGAGCUUCAGCCACAAUCAAAGAAUGGCGUGGAUAGCUUUGGUGGUCUUGGUGCAACUUUAAUCGACUCUCUGGAUACCUUAUAUAUAAUGGGUCUGGAUGAGCAGUUUCAAAGGGCUAGAGAGUGGGUUGCAAACUCUUUGGACUUCAAUAAGAAUUAUGAUGCCAGCGUGUUUGAGACGACCAUAAGAGUUGUGGGUGGGCUUCUCAGUGCCUAUGAUCUAUCUGGGGACAAUGUCUUCCUUGAAAAGGCGAAAGACAUAGCUGAUAGAUUGCUGCCUGCAUGGGAUACUCCUUCUGGUAUCCCUUACAACAUUAUCAACUUGGCUCAUGGUAAUGCCCAUAACCCUGGUUGGACUGGGGGUGAUAGUAUCUUGGCAGAUUCUGGGACAGAGCAACUGGAGUUUAUUGCACUAACACAAAGGACCGGAGAGGCAAAGUAUCAACAAAAGGUAGAAAAUGUAAUUCUAGAGCUAAAGAAGAAUUUUCCUGCUGAUGGAUUGCUCCCCAUUUAUAUAAACCCCCACAGAGGAACACCAUCACAUUCUACCAUUACUUUUGGGGCCAUGGGGGACAGUUUCUAUGAGUAUUUACUUAAAGUUUGGAUACAAGGAAACAGAACUGCAGAGGUGAAACAUUAUAGAGAAAUGUGGGAGACAUCAAUGAAAGGUCUAUUGAGCUUGGUCCGCAGAACUGCACCAUCAUCUUUUACAUAUAUUUCUGAGAAGAUAGGAAAUUCUUUGAUUGACAAGAUGGAUGAGUUAGCAUGUUUUGCACCAGGAAUGAUAGCAUUAGGGUCAUCUGGUUAUGGUCCUGGUGAUUCCACAAAAUUCUUAAAUUUGGCCGAAGAGCUUGCGUGGACAUGCUAUAACUUCUAUCAAUCCACACCAACGAAGUUGGCAGGAGAAAAUUAUUUCUUUCAUUCAGGGCAGGACAUGACUGUGGGUACAUCAUGGAACAUAUUGAGGCCAGAGACAGUUGAAUCGCUCUUUUACCUCUGGCGUUUGACUGGUAAUAAGACGUAUCAAGAUUGGGGGUGGAACAUAUUUCAAGCAUUUGAAAAGAACUCGCGUGUGGAAGCAGGAUAUGUUGGACUGAAGGAUGUUAAUACAGGCGUGAAAGACAAUAUGAUGCAGAGCUUCUUUCUUGCAGAAACACUGAAAUAUUUAUAUCUUCUAUUCUCGCCUCCAUCUGUUAUAUCAUUGGAUGAAUGGGUGUUCAACACAGAAGCUCAUCCUCUAAAAAUCGUCUCUCGUGGAGGAAACUCUAAACCUAAUAUUCGAUUACGUGGUAGGAGAGAAGGGCAUUUUGGGGGAGAUUAGGUGCCUUUUUUGUGGAAAAUUUGUCAGCACAACCAAGAGUAGGAGGAGGAUGGAAUGGAUGAUUGGUUGAACAAACUAAACUUGGGUUUUGAGGAGGAUGAUUGUACUUCUUGUUUUAUUAUUAUAGUUGACGAUAUUGAUAACGUUGUAGUUAGUUCCUUUUUGUCUAAUUGUAUCAUUUAUACUACUAGUCAAUGAAGAAAAUAGAAGCAUUCUUCAUUUCU